GAACGACGGCAGUGUAGCAAGUGAGCACCGCUUUUCCCGCUCGCUACCCCCGGAGAAACGUUGCCGUCGGCUCAUGGACCGGAUCCGACUUCAGGCUGAACAGCUCCUGAAGGUGCUCCGAAUUUUCAAUGUCAGGAAGACUCUCGCUCUCAAUUCUUAUACUUUCCAAGUGUCAGGCCGCGCGGUCGGCAUCAUCCGGCCAGAGAAUCUCGAGGUUCUGAAGGAAUACACCGACGAGUUCGUACUCGAGGACAGAGAGGUGAAACUGAGAACUUGGAAGAAACCGGACGAAAUCACUGAGAAUCUCAGGAAGCUCUUGAGGGAGCUACAUGAAGCUAAGGCGUUUCCCGCGCUCCGCGCUUGGCGUAAUGAAGAUUUAGAUGUGAAGUUUAAAUUCGGGGGCGAGUCGCUCUUCCGAAUAGAGAGAUCAAUGACCUACAUCUUCGGCUUGAAACGGUAUGGAGUGCACAUUAACGGGUACAGUGUCGACUCCGCUGGAAAUCAGUUCUGUUGGCUGCAGAGACGUGCGCGCACGAAAGCGGAAUACCCUGGGAUGCUGGAUACAUUAGUUGGUGGAGCACUGCCAUCUGGGAGCUCGGUGGAAGAAUGUCUCAUAGGAGAAGCUUCGGACGAAGCGUCCAUACCAAGAGAUCUCGUUGACAAAUCAGCGCGACCUGUCGGUCAUGUGUCCUUUCUCUACGAGGAUCACAAAGGGCUAUCUCCGGAGAUUCUAUUUUGUUACGAUGCGCUGCUCCCGAAAGGAUUCCAGCCGAAAUGUAAGGAUGGCGAAGUCGACGCAUUCGUGAAGGUGCCUUUCGGAAACCUGCUGGACAUUGUUAUCGAUGAAGAAAAGUUCAGCAUCUUGUCGCUGCCUGUUCUCUUGGACUUCCUGAUAAGACACCACAUCUUGGAUCACAGGUUCGGGGAAGCGUACUUCCGAAGCGUAGCCGUAAUCCAUGAAAAUCUCCACGACGAAUACCCAGCAAUGUUAUCCCAAAUCUAGGGAGGAUCCUAACAUGUCUGGAUAGAAGUAAUCUCCUCCUGCUGAUCAUCUGAUUUAUCAUCACAGUCUAACGCAUCUCGGACUUUUUGAGGAAUUUCGAGUCUUCGUUAUUCCUCUGAUGGAUGAACGUUGGCCUCACCAGCUCAGAGUGGAAGCUUCCACCGCUGGGCU